UUUUCCGACAACCCAAUAGUACCUACUUCAAGAGGUUACUAAAAAGGAUUAACCAAGAUAAUGCACUCAAAAUGUUUGGCACAGCCCCUAACACAUAAGAAUUCAACAAAUAUUUGGUAUUAAUUCCUGUCCUGGAGUGUGGGCCCACACCCACUGUCAAACCUUUGCUCAAAGUCCUGGCACCCACACCCUUAGCUCUGUCUAGGGAGACCUGCCUGCCCUAAGGCCAGUUACAUCUCUUUUAGGAAACUUUUCUUGGCAACACCCUCUCCUACUACUGUAGGAGCUUCCCUGUACCCCAAACUCACACCACCUCGGCCAGCUCCGACAAGGGCCAACUUUGUGGGCUAGCUCUACACACUGAGCUGGGAUAGGGGAGGACGCUCCCCACACAUGACAGGUCUUCCUGGGCACACAGGAGAUUUUACAGAAGGACUUGAGAGAGAACUGUUUGGACAGAUGAGGGGCAGAGUGGGAGAGGAGUACUAGAAGGCUCUCUAGUGUGGUUCUUCUCUGCGGAAAAACCACUCUUCUUUUCCAAGAUCACUGAACAGAGACACAAGGGGAAAUCACACAUAGGUUAGGGCUGUAGUAGGAAAGUACCUACUAGACACAGAUCAGCCUAGGACAGGGAGUAGAGCAUGAAGAAAAAUUUCCACAAAUUUACCUGGGUAAUUCUGGCUUCCUGAAAGUUCUCUCUAGUUACCAAGGCAACAGUAUCCCAAUUAGAUUCUUAUUCUUCACAUUGUCACCGUUCAGCAUGGCACCCUCCUACACACACACACCUGGUUUUCAUUGCAAUUGUAACGCACUUGUUAAUAAUGGGUGUCAACCGAGGCUACACAUUAAAAUUGCCUGAGGAGCUUUUAGAAAUCCUGAUGCCCAGGCACAUUCCAGAUCAAUUAGAAUGAGAAUUUCUGGGGGUAGGAUCCAGGCAUCAGUAAUUUUUAAAGUUCCCAGGUAAUUCAAAAGUAAGGCCAGUGCUUGAUUCUCAGUUUAAUUCCUGAUCUAUACUUCUCCCAUGUCCUUCAGGACCCCGAUGCAACCUCACAAAGUCAUCUGCAGGUGACAGGUAAUAUAGUAAAUUGCUUCAAGGGGUCUGUAGACAGGAGGAGAGACCUGGUCCUGUUUCCUUAAAGAACUCAGACCGAGAACUACACACACACACACACACACACACACACACACACACACACACACACACACACACACACACACACGGACAUAUACAGACACCCUGACAGAUACCUGCAUGCAUUUUCCUCCCCUAAAACACAAGAAUGGAUAGGUGACUCAAGAGUUUGGGCUCAGGCUGAGACUAGUGAGGCUAGGAAAGUGACUGCCCUCUCCCCACCCGAGGCCCCAUCACCUACCAGGGCCUCUAUGACCUCAUGCUGUAGUAGGUCAGAGCCUAAGGCCUGGGCCUCCCUUUCCUAGGUGGCUUGGGGUUCCUGCAGCAGCCACUGCCCUGCCUAACCCCUCCCAUACCUCACCAUGUUGGUUUGUGCCCCCCACCUGCUAACACUGGAUGAAGUUGAUGCCACCUGGACCCUCAUCAAGGAUAAGGUUAUCGAAGAGCGCUUUGGGCCCAAUGUAGUGGCAGUACCUUUCCUGUCAGAUGCCGCCUGCUAUGACCUACUGGGUGUGCUAGUGAAGCAGUCCCGCCCAGCCCACACCCGCCUGGCUUUGCCGGGUCGGCAGGGACGGCGGGCACUGCAACCAGUGGGGCCGCUACCAAACCUCCUGGAACAGGCAGGGUCCGAGGGUGCAUUUGCCCACUGCACUCAGGAAUACUCACCCAAUGGCAGAGCAGACAUAGCCUACGAAGAAACGCGACUCUUGGAAGGGCAGCCCUGCCGGAUCCGCCUACACAUGGGUGGCCUGCGCAAGAAGGUGGCCUUCCUGCUGCUGCCACCAGGGCAAGUGGGCCUACAGAAGACUCUCCCCUGGCUCCGAAGCACCCACAGCAUCUAUGUCAUCUACCAGGUCUUCUCCUGUGCCUGGCUGCAGCUGGGGAUGCUGACUACAGGCCGUGAGCCCCAGCUGCUCCGGUUACAACGGUCACUGCCUGUUGCCUUCUCAUGCCUCAAGUUUUCACUGCAACCCAAGGGAGUGCUGGGACCACAGAAGCCCCUCAGCAAAGACCCACUGCUCCAUGGAGCCCACUGGGUCAGACCCAACCUCAGCAUCAUGCCACCUCUGGCCCCCAUAUCGGCCUCUGACAAUGUCCCUGAAGCUGCUGACGUACCCCUACCUGUCCCAGCCCCACCUACACCACCUCCCCAGGAAGGGCUAGAGGGCAGAUUCACCAGAUUGUCCUACAAGGGCCGAAACCCUUUCCGAAGGGGGCCCCACAUGCUGUCAGAGAACUGGCUCUUCAGCCCCCGCAACCCCCCACCAGGAGCCCAGGGUGGGGGCCCCGGGGACCCAGACCGGCACUCCAUGUCCCUGCCCCUGCUGCAGGGUCUGUCCUCGGAGUUCGACAGCGACGACUGAAGCUGAGGCAAGAGGUGCAGGGGGCAAGGCCCCCAAGAUCUGGCAUAGGGAUACUGGUCCCCAAUAAACAUCAGCUGCUGCUCCCCCAAACCACCGUGUGGCCCUGGGGUCUGGAGAAGGGGUAGUCCCUACUUUUUUCCCUAGGCUUCAUGUCCCCUAACUCUCUAAGCGAGUAAGUAGCACCUUGAAAGC